AUAUGAAUAAAACGAGGAAGAGAAGAUUUUAUCGAGCAGAUUGGUCGAGUUCUUGGGUCGGUCGUCAACAGCUGUAUUGGUACGGCAAGGCUAUUUGCGUAACAAAGCAAGCUUUUUAGUGCUGCUUCAUAUACUUAAAUCCACAACAAUUCACAAGAAAAUACACAUAUUGCUUAUACGCAGAGAUUUAAACAUAAAUAUAUACAUUUUGUUUCCCCCUCGCAUAUUUUGUAUUGAAGUCUGAAUAAGUCUAAAAUAUAUUUUGUUUAAACUACUGGAAACUGUUAAGUAACCAUGCCUGGAGAUUCUUCUGACGAUACUACUACCUCUGCUCAAAGCAAAGAAGCGACAAGUACAGAAGAUCCGGCCAAAACUGAAACACCGGCUCCCAAAGAAAUGAAAGCAGUGGUUUUAACAGGUUUUGGGGGUCUGAAAAUGGUCAAAAUCCAAACGAAACCGCAACCAACAGCCGGAGAAGGACAAGUUCUCAUUCGGGUUAAAGCUUGUGGUGUCAACUUUCUGGACUUGGUGCUGCGCCAAGGUGUAAUCGACAAUCCCCCUAAGACUCCUGUAAUCAUGGGUUAUGAAUGUGCCGGAGUCAUUGAAGCAAUUGGAGAAAAAGUUGAAGGAAUAAAUGUUGGUGACAAUGUGAUUGCUCUGAGUGAAGGCCAGUGUUGGGCUGAAUUUGCCAGUGUUCCUGUGAAAUAUGUCUACAAAAUGCCAGAAGGAAUGAGCUUCCACGAUGCUGCUGCUAUUGCCAUGAACUAUCUGACUGCUUACAUCCUUCUCUUCGAUAUUGGUAACUUGCGUGCUGGACAAUCUGUCCUUGCACACGGCAUAGCCGGGGGAGUGGGUCAAGCUAUAAUCCAGUUAUCGAAAACUGUUGAAAAUGUCACUUUAUAUGGAACUGCUUCUGCCCAUAAACAUGAAUCGCUGAAGGAUAAAGUUACUCACGUCUAUGACCACAGUUUGGACUAUACACAAGAAAUAAGGAAGAUUUCUCCUGAGGGUGUUGACAUUGUCAUGGACUGUCUAUGUGGGGAUGAUACUAACAAAGGGAUCAGUUUGUUGAAGCCCAUGGGACGGUACAUACUGUUUGGAACUUCCAGUGUGGUUACUGGAGAAACUAAAAGUUUCUUCAGUUUCGCAAAAUCAUGGUGGCAAGUUGAUAAAAUUAGUCCCCUGAAGUUGUACGACGACAACAAGUUCCUUGCAGGGUUCCAGCUGCGCCAGCUAUUGUUUCGUGACAACCAACAUGCUUAUAUUCAAAGCCAAAUGGAAAAACUGUUCAAGUUGUACACGGAUGGAGUCAUUAAACCAGUCAUUGACCAAGUUGCUUGUUUUGAAGAUAUUGCAGAAGCAAUGCAACGACUUCAUGACCGCAAAAAUAUUGGUAAAAUUAUUUUAGACCCGACUGUUGAGCCAAAGGGAAAAUCCCAGGCUGCUGAGGAAGUGAAAGCCCCAUCUGAGACCAGUGCCACAACAGUGGCCAAGAGUGAAGAAGACACUGGUGCUGAGCCACCCGAUACUGGUUCCGAUGAAUCAAAAGAAGCCAAACCUGAAGAACCGGCUGAGAAAACUGAAGAAGCUGCAGAAAAUGCAGAAUGAAUAAAAGAUUUGAAAAUUAAUGGCCAAAGACACAAGAACCAUCAUGCAGAGACAAAAGUGUUUACCAUUUUAAGCCACCUUAUUUCCAGCUUGUUUUCCAAACACCUAAAUACUGUUGCUACUGCUGUUCCAUAAUAAAACAGAAGAAUGCCA